AUUUCAUAGGUGUUCAGUGCCAGUCCAGGCCAAUUGGCCUAUAAGAGACUCAUUUGGUGCUCAGAAUCCCUACUUAAGCCUGUCUCUAUUUAAGAAUCAGAGCUCUGCCUCCAUCAACCUGAGACAGUCACCGUGGGGCUUCCUUUCCCCUGCUGCGCACAGAUUCUGAAUUCCACAGCCAAGUAUGGGCACGCCCCUCAGCGGCAGGUGCAUUGAUCCUUCGGAAACUCGGGACUUCCUGGUGCCUUGCGGGCAGCGAUCAUUCAUUUGAUUCCUGCAAGGCGUCAGGCAACUCGGAGCCUGCAGCCAGGAGCCGGGAGCCGGGAGCCGGGAGCCGGGAGCCGGGAGCCGGGAGCGAGCUGCGAUCCGGAGCCCAGCAGGGGCGGAACCUGUUGCAGGUUCACACGUGGUCGGGCUCUACCUGCUCUUCCCCGGCAGCCAGGAGCAGGUCAUCAUGAGUGCAGGAUGGGACUCCAACUCUUCAGAAAACUGGCGUCACAUCUGGACUGUCAAUGGCACAAAGCAGCAUCUGUUCUCAGAUGCUAAUGUCACCUAUGUGAGCUACUAUCUUCACCAGCCUCAAGUGGCAGCGGUCUUCAUCGUUUCCUACUGUCUGAUCUUCUUCCUGUGUAUGGCAGGAAAUACUGUGGUUUGCUUUAUUGUCUUGAGGAACAAACACAUGCACACAGUCACAAAUCUCUUCAUCUUAAACCUGGCAAUCAGUGAUUUACUCAUUGGCUUCUUCUGUAUGCCUGUAACCCUGCUGGACAACAUUAUAGCAGGAUGGCCAUUUGGAAGUACGAUGUGCAAGAUCAGUGGAUUGGUCCAGGGAAUAUCAGUUGCAGCUUCUGUCUUCACGUUAGUUGCAAUAGCAAUAGACAGGUUUUGGUGUGUUGUGCACCCUUUUAAACCAAAGAUCACCAUCAAGACGGCAUUUGUCAUUAUUGUGAUCAUCUGGGUCCUGGCCAUCACCAUUAUAUCCCCAUCUGCAGUGAUGCUACAUGUGCAAGAGGAACAACACUACCAGGUGAGACUCAACUCCCAGAAUAAAACCAGCCCUGUCUACUGGUGCCGGGAAGACUGGCCCAGUCCGGAGAUGAGGAAGAUCUACACCACUGUGCUGUUUGCCACCAUCUACCUGGCUCCACUUUCCCUCAUUGUCAUCAUGUAUGGAAGGAUUGGGAUUUCCCUCUUCAAGGCUACAGCGCCCCACACAGGCCAGCAAACCCAAGAACAGUCACAGGUGUCCAGGAGGAAGCAAAAAGUCAUUAAGAUGCUCUUGACUGUGGCCCUGCUGUUCAUUCUCUCCUGGCUGCCCCUGUGGACUCUGAUGAUGCUCUCAGACUAUGCUGACCUUUCUGCAAGGGAACUGCGUGUCAUCAACAUCUAUAUCUACCCUUUUGCGCACUGGCUGGCCUUUUGUAACAGCAGCGUCAACCCCAUCAUCUAUGGUUUCUUCAAUGAGAACUUCCGCCGUGGUUUCCAAGAUGCUUUCCAGCUCAGGCUCUGCCAAAAAAGAGCCAAACCCAAGGAAGCUUCUGCCCUGAGAGCUAAAAACAAUGUGGUUGUGAACACAUCAAGUGAGCUGGCCCAGGGACCCACAUUUCAAAACCUACACAGGGAAAAUUUGCUUGAUGAAAAACCCAAGCAGGGACUGAUGGGAGAAUUAGGAGAAGCUACCAAAAGUAUUGAGAUUUAGGAAGAGCUAAAGUGGUGAUGAUAACCCUACUGGGUGUGAUACCUGUAUAUUUAUAAGUUGUUGCUUUUGCUAGCUUUGCACCUCAGUUCUUUCUACUGCUGUAAAAAAAAAAUACUGGAGAUCCUCUGGCAAAAAGAAAAAAAAAAUGGAACAAAAGUGCUUUUAUGACCAUAACCAGUAUUACGCAGUGACUCAUGCAUAUUUGCCAGGUUAAAUCCAUUUCUAGGGAACAGGCUUCUAAGACCAUACUUGUCCAACUUAACCAUUUGUGCAUGAGUCAAAUGAGCCAAGUGCAGGUGUGUAUGUGUAUGUGUGCAUGUGUGUAUAUAGAGAGAUAUAUAUACAUAUGUUUUGCCUUCCAAAUAGUGAUAGUAGACAGUGCUUUGCAGUAUUUUGUCAACAUUCCCUUUAAUUUGCGAUUUGUAAUUUUAGGCUAUAGAGUUGUCUGCUUCCAUUAAAAACUGCAUUUAGCAAUGGAUUAGAUUACAUGAAGUUCUUUGCAAAUUUGUGUCAAUCUAGAAGAAACAAGAUACUGUACCAUGGGUAUUUAUUUAAUAGGUGAGCUGACUUCCUGUGUGUUAGAACGGCUGUAGAAGAUAAAGAGGAGGCAGUGCUGUGAGGUAGCAGCCUCCGCCUGCAGUGCCAACAUUCCAUACAAGUGCCAGUUUGAGUCCCAGCUGCUCCACUUCCUAUCCAACUCUCUGUUGUGGCCUGGAAAGCAAUAGAAGAUGGACCAAGUCCUUGGGCCCCUGCACUCAAGCGGGAGACCCAGAAGAAUCUCCUGGCUCCUGGCUUCAGAUCAGCACAGCUCCGGCCAUUGCAGCCAUCUGGGGAGUGAACCAAUGGAUGGAAGACCUUUCUCUCUCAAUCUCUGCCUCUGCCUCUCUUUCUCUCUGCCUCUGCUUUUCUGUAACUCUGCAUUUCAAAUAAAUAAAUAAAUCUUAGAAAGGGACACAGAGGAAUGCACAUCGUAAAGUUCACAGAAAAGGCAUAUUACAUGUGGAUUUCAAAAAAAUUGCAAUAAGACAAACCUAUAUUUUAAUUCAAUUUUCAAUGAAUUUGUUGAAAUGCCCUGUACUUCUUGUACUGAAAGUUGAUUUUUUUAGAGUACACAGUUAGGAAAAAUCAUGGUAUUGUUCCAUAGGAGUUACUGUUGCCUUUUUACUGUUUUCAAGUUUAUGAACUUGCUAAAUCCACAUUUGUUACAGAGCUGAUUCAGGAUCCCAAUUUUUCCCCCUUUCUGUCUCUGAAAUAAGGUAAAUCCUUCAAUAAUGCAGCAAUUGACAAAGAAAUAGCACUUCUCUUGUAAUGCAUGUAAUUGGAGAUUUCAACAGUCAUCAUAAAACUCCCAUAAAGUAUAUGAGAGGAGGAACAAUUAUUCUAAGCUUCCUUCUGGGAACAUUUAAGUCUAGCACUCAGGGUUUAGUAAAUUAGUACUGUGGACAAAAAAAGAAUUGGCAGUCCCUGGAUUCUGCUAUGUUAUAAUUAUAUAAAGAUAAUAGUUGUAAAUGCUAGCUAGCUUUGCUCCCAUGGUGAAAUAAGUCCCUAGAAAAUAGGGAAUUAUCACAAAUAGUUUGACAAAUAAAAAUAAGUUCUGGGCAUGAAACUCAUAUUUUUUCUUGGCAUUUAUGUAGUUCGAGCUGAAAACUUCUCCGUAUUCUAGGGCUUUGAGAAAUAUGAUUGUUGAGCUUUUAUUUGAAUUCAGCUAUGUGUAUGUAAAUGAAUAUGUAAAUGUUUUCUGCAACCGAAAAUUUUGAAGUCAUAAGCAUGAGAUUUGAUCUUCUAUUCCUUCACCUUGACUUAUUUAAAUAAGGAGUUACAGAUGGUGGACUUAGACUAUUAAAGCUUAUCUUGAUGGAGAUUAUAAAUUUCUCAUGGUCAUCCUCACACAGAUGAAUCUUCUACCAGCACCUGAAACUCAUCACAACUAAAUCCCAUGCUCUUAUGUCUCAUCUCCCUGCAUUUUAUCACCUUUAAAUCUCAUUGCCUAAUUCUUCAUGGUUGCAACUCCCUAACUGUUCUCACUGAAACACAUCCUGCUGUUCAGUAUCGAAUCUUCUAAUGCUUUCUUCAAUUGACAAAGUCAUCUUCCUGAAGUGAGGGCUAACCAGCUGUCCUUUGUAAAAUGCCUUCAAAAGCUCUCUGCCUUCUAAAACAUGUAGGUGCUCAAAUACCAUCCUGGCCUGGCAUUUUCUCCCAGUUCCAUCUCUCAGAUAUUGUUAUCUGUACCCCAGUCAAAUAGAGAUAAUCAUCCUUUCCAUUUAUUACUUUUUUUCUACUUCACUUCUUAUUUGCCUGUCCAUCCUCUGUUCACGGCAUUUUCAAAAGCCACUUCACUCAGAUGGUCUGUAUUGUUACAGCAAAAAUUAUUACUCCCUUCUCCAAGCACUGUGUACCUCUUUUAUGACAAGUUAAUCUGCACUGUUAUUGCUGUGUUUUAUUCUUGCAACUAGAAUGCCAUGAUGAAUUAGGUCUUACUGACCUGUAGGUCUCCUAUAGAAUGGAUCACGUAGUAGGCCAUCUAUACAUAGGUGCUGUGUAGCUGCCACAGGAAAAGCUAUCUGUCUCUUUGCUAAAGGAGAAUGUCUAAUGCUGAAUGAGUAGAUUUCUUCACGUAGAUUUUAGCACCCCUAUUGCAU